AUGGUGGUGUGGCGAAUGAAAAGAGCCUGGAACUUCGAAGAGAAACUAAGAAGGAAAGAGGGAAGCAAAAUUGCAGAAGCGUGUGCUCGCGAGGUCAUGGAUAAAGAGAGGAGGGAUAACGUGGGGUGUUCAAAAUGGGAGGAGGAGAUAUAUGAAGUGAGGCGUGAAUGUGGCAUAAAUGAGAGGGGUAAAAAGUGGGAGGAAAUAGAGGAAGAGAUGAAGGCAAGGCAAGGUGAGGAAAUAUGGGAAAAAAUCGCAGAUUCAAGGUUCAACAGCUGGUAUAGAAUGGUUAAGGGGCAGGAGAAACCAGAGUACCUGAAAAAGAUUAAAAAGGAGAGCAAAUAG